CUCAGGCUACUCAAUGCCAACCAGAAAAUUACAAAAAAAGCCAACUUUAAAAAGUUGGUACAAAACAGACCCUGAAAUCACACAGAUAUAGAGAUAGAAAGAUAAGAGAAGAGAGAGAAUGGCUUCAUCUUCUACCUUCCUCUUCCUUCUUCUCUUCACCAUAUCUUCAACAACAGCAACAAUGCAAUCAAUACCCACAUACUUUCCAAGAUCAACAUAUCAAUCUUCUCUACAAAAACAAGCAAAGGACUUAGUUUCAGAGCCAAAGAUACCAUAUGAGACCUAUUACUUUCCUCAGCUCCUAGACCAUUUUACAUUCAGACCCCAGAGUUCUAAAAUCUUCUACCAAAAGUACCUCAUCAACAGCCAUUACUGGCACCAUGGAGGCCCCAUCUUCGUCUACACUGGCAACGAAGGCAAUAUUGAGUGGUUCGCAGCCAAUACUGGCUUCAUGCUCGACAUUGCUCCCAAGUUCCAAGCUUUGCUAGUCUUCAUUGAACAUAGGUUUUACGGAGAAUCAAUGCCGUUUGGGAAGGACUCCUACAAUUCUGCAAAGACAUUGGGGUACUUAAAUUCACGGCAAGCAUUGGCUGAUUUUGCAGUUUUGAUUAGGAGUUUGAAGAAGAAUCAUUCUUCUGAGGAAUCCCCUGUUGUGGUCUUUGGUGGGUCUUAUGGAGGAAUGUUGGCUGCCUGGUUUAGACUGAAAUACCCACAUAUAGCAAUUGGAGCUUUAGCAUCUUCAGCCCCAAUCUUGCAGUUUGAUGAUAUAAUCCCCUGGUCUAGCUUCUAUGAUGCUGUUUCCAAGGAUUACAAGGAUGCAAGUGUGAAUUGCUAUGAGGUGAUAAAGGGGAGCUGGCAAGAACUGGAAGCUCUGUCAGCUCAAAAAGAAGGGUUGGCUGAACUCAGCAGAACUUUCAGAACUUGCAAGAAUCUUCAGUCAAUGUAUUCAGUUAGAAACUGGUUAUGGACAGCUUUUGUUUACACAGCCAUGGUGAAUUACCCAACAAAAGCCAAUUUCAUGAUGCCAUUACCUGCUUACCCUGUGCAAGCGAUGUGCAAGAUUAUUGAUGGAUUUUCACCUGGAGCUACCAAGCUUAGCAAAGUUUUUGCAGCUGCAAGCUUAUAUUACAACUAUUCGCAGACACAAAAAUGUUUUGAAUUAGAAAAUGGGACUGAUGUUCAUGGCCUCCAUGGUUGGGACUGGCAGGCAUGUACGGAGAUGGUAAUGCCAAUGACUUGUUCCAAUGAAAGCAUGUUUUCUCCAUCUUCCUUCAAUUACAAGGAGUUUGCAGACAAUUGCAAGGAGAAAUACGGAGUUAUGCCUCGACCACACUGGAUCACUACUGAAUAUGGUGGCAGUAGAAUUGAGCUAGUGCUCAAGAGAUCAGGUAGCAACAUCAUAUUUUCUAAUGGAAUGCAAGACCCUUGGAGUAGAGGCAGUGUGCUGAAAAACAUAUCGGCUACCAUUAUAGCAUUGGUGACUGAGAAAGGGGCACACCAUGUCGAUUUUCGGUCUGCAACAAAAGAAGAUCCAGAAUGGCUUAUUCAGCAGAGGAGGAAAGAAGUGGAGAUCAUUCAGAACUGGAUAGAUGAGUACUAUAUGGACAUUGAACAAGAAAGAUAAAUGAUUUGCUCAGUUGUUUUCUGGUAGUAAAGAAUGUUCUCUAUCUAAUGCUAAUUUCAAAGAACAAGUGUUCAAACAAGUUGAUGUCUCCAAUUUUCUCCACCACUCA